AUGGACUUCCUGCUCAUCGUCUACACCAUCGGAGCCCUCGUCGCGCUCGCCCUGUAUAAGCUCGCAUCGUUUAUGUGGAGCAGAAUCGCAUCACCUCUCCGACACCUCCCUGGUCCCCCAAAUGACAGCUUGCUUAGGGGAAAUGUGGAAGUGCUACAGAAGGAAGAGGAAUCAGUGCCUCAGGACCGAUGGGCUCAGCAGUACGGACACACGAUCGCCUACCGUGGACUCUUUAGCACGAGGCGCCUCUGGACGGUGGACACCCGUGCGCUGAACCAUAUCAUGACGCACCAUACCAUCUACCAGCGUCCGCUGCCCACCAGGUAUAGACUGUCAGGCGUUGUUGGUCCUGGCGUACUCGUGACCGAAGGCAAACAGCAUAAACAACAGCGCCGCAUCCGCAAUCUGACCGAGAUCUUUACGGGAAAGUCGAAUCAGUUGCGGGACUGCUGGCUGGAGAAGAUAUCCAAGAACGGCGGCGCAUCCGCGCAGGUCGAUGCGCUCUCGUGGCUCGGCCAAGCGACGCUGGAUAUCAUCGGCCGUGCGGGCUUCGGGUACGAAUUCGACGCGCUUAACCCGACGGGAGAGAUCAACGAGCUGAGUGAGGCGUUCUUGAAGCUCUUCGCGACACCCCCACGAAGUCGGCGUUUGUUCUCGUUCCUGCAGUUAAACAUCCCGCUGCUGCGGCUCAUCAAAACGGAGGAAAACCAUAAGGCUGAACAGGCACAGGCGACCAUGCGCCGUAUUGGCAUGCAGCUCAUCCGAGAGAAGAAGGCGGCGAUCAUGGCAGAGACUCUCGAGAAGGGCCGGGAAGUCGAAUGCAAGGACAUGAAGGAGCGCGACUUGCUGACGCUCCUCAUCCGCACAAACAUGUCGACGGACAUCCCCGAGGACCAGCGGUUGACCGAUGACGAGGUCCUUGCGCAGGUCCCGACAUUCAUUGUCGCUGGCCACGAGACGACGAGCAUGGCGGUGACCUGGGCGCUGUUCUCGCUUUCACAGCAGCCCGAUAUGCAACGCAAACUGCGCGAAGAGCUGCUGCAGGUGGCCACGGACAGCCUGACGAUGGACAAGUUGAAUGCACUGCCGUACCUGGACGCAGUCGUGCGUGAGACGCUGCGGCACCACUCGCCAGUGCCGGCGACGACACGCGAAGCAUUCGAGGACGAUAUCAUCCCAGUGGACACGCCGUACACGGACAGGUACGGCAGGACGCGCGAGUACAUCGAGGUCAAGAAGGGUGACCUCGUCUUCCUGCCCAUCCUCGCGCUCAACCGGCGCAAGGAGAUCUGGGGCGAGGACGCACACGAAUUCAAGCCUGAGCGAUGGGAACAUAUUCCCAAAGCGGUGGCAAGUGUGCCUGGUGUGUGGGGCAACCAGCUCACAUUCAUUGGCGGCCCGCGGGCGUGCAUUGGUUACCGGUUUUCUCUUGUCGAGACCAAGGCGCUGCUCUUCGCGCUUGUACGCGCCUUCUAG